AUGAAGGUGUCGAUAUCAAAUAAUCCUCGCUUAUCGCCGCAGAAUGGCAAUAGGCCGCCUUUUCCAUGUCUUGAUGCAUCAAGAAGCCACAGAGAUUCAACGUGGACACCAUCGGAGGAGCAGGAGCAUGAGCAUGAGCAGGAAAUAAUUGUUACUCCAAGUUUGCCAAGAAGUCGAAUCAACCUGUCUUCGGUUUCAAAUUAUUCAUCAGAAUAUCAACAAAGAUCAUGCAGGGUUCCUCUAAGUGGCUUCAGGCAGCCCCCUCCUCCAUGUCUGCCACCAUUCCCAUUUGUUAGAAUUCCUUAUGGGUCUUCUCCUUGGGGAGGAAGACCUAUGGUGAAUUAUUGCCCUGCUCAGAGUAAUCAAAAUUACUAUAGAAGUGUAAUCUUCAGGCCCCCCCAUCCCCAUGGAGAACAUGAGGCAUCUCUUGGCAGGGGGUUCAAUAGACCACCACCAGGUCCACCACCACCACCUCUUCCUUAUGUUGUGUCUCCACAUUCAUAUCAUGUUGGUCGGCCAUUUAUUGUUCCUGGACCAUCGAGACCCCUUUCACCACCACACAUGCCUUUACCUACCCGACCUCCUGCAUUGACUGUUUUAGUAGUCAAGCAGAUAGAUCAUUAUUUUAGUGAGGAGAAUUUGGAAACUGACCACCAUUUGAAAUCCCUCAUGGAUGAUCAAGGCUGGGUACAUGUUGAUGAAAUUGUUAAAUUUCCCAGGGUUCGGAGUUUGACCCACAACAUUACGUUGAUACUAAAGUCUUUGAUUGUGCGUUCAAAAGUUGUGGAAGUAAAGGAUAAAUGUAUUAGAAGAAAAAAUGGAUGGGAGAAAUGGAUAAAAAAGAGUGUUGACCAGGCUUCUAACAACAACUAAAAAACAGUAUUUGUCAUGCUACAAUGAAUGGAAAACAAUUGAAGAAGAUGUAAUAAAUUUCUUUCUUUCAUUUUGAGACAAGUUGAGCUCUAUGUACAAAUAGGGUGUACUACUAAUACUAGUGACUAUUUCUUCUAUAGUCUUCUUUUUCUAUGCUGAUCUUAGGAUUCUUGGCUGGUUUUGAUUUCAGCAUAUGAAUAGAUAUUACUCUUGUUCAAUGUUU